CAAAGCUUUCUAUGACGUCUGUAAAAUUAGCGGAAACAGUAGCACAUUAUGGUUCACUCGGUGACAGUAAAUGACACUAAAUAACGUCAGCCGAACUCACCUAAAGCCUUCAACUUGACCGUGGGACUGAAUUCGUAACCCGCCGUAAACAAGACAUGCCGGACGGACGGAUGGACGGACGGCAGCGGCGCCCAGCAGUGACUCGCUAAUGUAUCCGUUUCUUUACAAAUCUAACUACAGACAAGACCAACCGACCAAUCAGAACGAGUCAGAAUGAAGCUCCAUGAAAAGAUUCUGACCCAUUUCCUGUCAUGCACAUCUCCAGUGGAUAAGGAGGGAUAUCUCUACAAAAAGAAGGAGAGAAAUGCCACUUACUACAGACGCUGGUUUGUGCUGAAAGCCAACCUGCUGUUCUACCAGGAGCGUCCGGCGGAUCGCCACUUUCUGGGCGUCAUCGUGUUGGAGGGCUGCACCGUCCAGAUGUUGGACUCUGACGGGUUUUUCCCCUUUGUGCUCCAGUUCGGGUCCGGACUCAAAACCUACAGGUUUGCCGCCGGAGACGCUCAGACUCAGGGGCGCUGGGUUAAAGCGCUCUUCCUAGCCAGCCACUCUUACCUUUCCAGGCUGGUGAGAGACCUGGGGAGACAGUAUGAAGAAGCUAAACAGCAACAAGACUCUACCAACUCCUGCUCCUCUUUCAAAAGCCUCAGUCCGCCCACCAACAGCCUCCUGGUUCCAACACUGGGACCAUUUUCAAUUGUCAGGGAGGGGAGGAGCUUCAGCGCCAGCGCUGCUCUGCCGCCACCAUCCAUGCCUACUAAAAUGGCCGCCAAAAAGUCGCCCAAAAAGUGGCCAAGGAGAAACGCUCACGUGACGCCUCUCAACGGACCGGCGCCGCCGUACGGCGAAUGGCCUCUGGUGGGAUCCGACCCGCUUGUGGAGUUCAGCAAACUUCAUGAUUUUUAUGGGCAGGAGGUUCAAAAAGCAAGAGAGGAGUGGCUGAGGAGUCGCCAAACUGAAAAGGAGCAACGUCAGAACGAUCUAAUCGAUCUGGGCUGAAGGAAAGGCGCUUAAAGGGAACUGAGAUGAAGCUAUUCAGACAGGAACUGGAACAUUGUGAGUCAUCCUGCUCUGACUUUCACAGAGUUUGUGGCUCAGUAACUCAUUUCAAAUGUUUUAUUUGUUCAUAACAAAGUGAUAUUUUCCUGAUUUGACUUAAAGAAAAAAUAGAACUGUAUUAAAAAAAAGUUCUGAUCCUCAUCUGAGUGAAUUUGAAUCUGCUCUCUUCAGAUCACUUAAUGAUAAUUACAUCAUAGAUAAUUAAGAAAAUGAUCAAUAAAAACAAAAAACAUACCAAAAAUGACAAUAAGAUACCAAGAAAUUAAUAAAACAAAUAGAAAAAUUUGAGAUGCAGCA